AUGUCAUCUCGCUUUGUCGAGCAUUUCAAAGCUGAGGAGACACACACACCAUCUACAAGCACUGUUGCCAACAAUACAAGUGAUUCAUCAUUUGAGGAAGAAGGUCAAGCUAAUCUAGCUGGCAAGGUCAAGCGUCUUUUUGGCACUAUCCGUAAAAAGGAUAUAUCCACCCAACAGCCUUCUUCACUUGUGUCCUCCCAAGAAAACUCCAACAACAGCGUUUCAUCCUCUUAA